CAUGGCAUACAUCAGCUGAUCAGUUUGACAAUGUGAGCGAGGGCGCUAAACAACUUAUUAAUUUUUAUUACUUUAUAAAAACUUCAUGUUGUUUUAAUAUGGAAGAUGUAAAUUGUAUUUGGCAAGAACUUAGUAAUAUUUCGGCCGACCCGCCUGAAAUGCGAAAUAAAUGUAGUCAAUGCAAAAGACCAGUGGCAGUUUGCUGGUGUCCAGGUUUGCCACUACCUCCUUUGAAUCCAUCUUCAAGAAUUAUAAUCCUUCAACACCCUGCAGAAGUUAAAAGAUGUUUAAGAACUGCCCCAAUGCUUACUCUUUCUCUUGAAUCAGGAAAAUGUCUCACCUUCAGAGGCAAAAAAUUUCCUCAAUCUAAAUUCAGUGAAUUAAUUGAAAUUCUUAAUGAUCCAAAUACGAUUUUACUGUAUCCAUCUGUUGACGCAGUGCCAUUAGAUGAAUUGACUAUGGUAGGAUCAAAUGGCCAGAAGCCUUAUAAUUUAGUUCUGCUGGAUGGAACCUGGCCUCAAGCUAAAGCAAUGUAUACAAGCAAUCCUCUACUUGGUAAAAUUCGCUCGUGUAAGCUAAUUAAUGUUCCAGCAAGUGAAUAUGUAAUACGUACACAACCCACAGAAGGCUGUCUUUCAACUCUUGAAAGCGGAGCAAUAGCGCUUUCAAUAUUAGAAGGUAAACCAUGGCUGAAAGAUGCAAUGUUAGGACCACUUCAUUAUCUUUGCAGAUUUCAAUUAGAAAAUGGAGCAGUGACCCACCAGAGUAAAGAAUUUCUAAUCAAACGUAAUACUUGUCCAAAAUUAAUUGGAAGAAGACUGGCAAAACAAUUAAGGAUAUUACCAGAUAGUUCUUUUUAAUAAUUAUACAAUGUACAAAACGGUGUAAAUAUCUACAAAAAAUAAUAUUUCUCAACACAAAAAUACAACAGAACUUUUUACAGAACACUUUUAAUAAAAGAAA